AUGUUUGUUGCUCCAAGAUUCAGCACCCAAGGACGACUUUCUGGAAAACAUCCAGGGAAACCAGGACAGCAUAUUACAGCCCCUCUCACCAGACACGUUAUCCCUCUCUCCAGCAUCUCCACAUCUGUGUUUCUCAGAGAAAAUGGAAGAACUGGUGUAUGCUGGAACCAAACUAUCCCACUCUUUUGCUGCAAGCCCCCAGAUAUCAAGCUAAAAACGUCAGGCCCCUCAAGCACCUGCGGGCCCAGCUCACCCUCCCCCUCCUCUUGUGAGAGCUCUUCGACCUCUGCCACAACGCCAGGGCUCACACUCUCCUCCAUCUGCUCGAGAUUAUCUGGCUGCAUGGUGACAGAGGAAGGCUGUCGUUCUGUGGCUUCAGCUCUGGGUUCAAACCCCUCACACGUGAGAGAGUUGGAUCUGAGCUACAAUCAUCCAGGAGAAUCAGGAGUCAAGCUGCUCUCUGAGAGACUCAACGAUCCAAACUGCACACUGGAUAAACUCAAUGUGGAUCAUGGAGGAGAGUUCAGGAUUACAGCAGGACUACACAAAUAUUUCUGUCACCUCACUCUGGAUUUAAAUACAGCACACCCUGAACUCAUUCUGUCUGAGGGGAACAGGAAGGUGACACGUGUGAGUGAGCGUCAGUCAUAUCCUGAUCAUCCAGAGAGAUUUGAUAAGUGUCAUCAGGUUCUGUGUAGAGAGAGUCUGACUGGACGCUGUUACUGGGAGACUGAAUGCAGUGGCGGUGGUGCUGCUAUAUCAGUGUCAUAUAAAGGAAUUGGCAGAAAAUAUAAUGAUGCUGACUGUGUAUCUGGAUACAAUUUAAUCUCCUGGAGUCUCUGCUGCUUUGGUGACGGAUUCAGUGCCCGUCACAAUAACAACUUCACUGAAAUACGUCCCCCUUUACGCCACAGUGAGAGAGUCGGAGUGUAUCUGGACUGUCCGGCCGGCACUCUGUCCUACUACCGCAUCUCUGACACACACACACUCACACACUUACACACAUUCAACACCACAUUCACUGAACCGCUCUAUGCUGGAUUUACGUUUUAUUGUAAUUCCUCAGCGAGUCUGUGUGAAACUGAUCAUCAGACACACACACACACACACACACACACACACACCUGAAUGAGUGAAAUAUACUCACUGUAUCUCACAUAAACACAACUCCAAACUCUUUCCAGAAAUCAUUUCAGGAAUUACAUUAAGUUGUUAUUUACUAUCAAAUUAAAUAAUAAUAAAAAUAAACAGUGUUGAAAUGUCAGUAACAUGAUCACAUGUGGUGAUCAAACAAUCGUUUCUAAUAGUUCUGCUCACAUUUUAUAUUCUUUUAUUUUCAUUUAUUCUGUUUAAUGUUGAUUGAUCAUUAUUAUCAAGUUAAUCAAAUCUGUUUAUUGAAUACUUGUGUGACAUUCAGCUGGAGUUUAUUGAUGAAAUUCAAACAGUAAUAUACAGAAGUUUAUUUAAACAUACAGUUACACUCAACACUAAACUAAUGAUCAAUUCAGAUGAUUAUUGAUUUCUGUCUUACAGUCACUCGUGUUUUAUAUCAACACCAAUAACCACAAAUAUUUAUUUCUGUCAGUUCAACUGCAUUAGUUUUUAUUAAUAAAAUAUACUGUAAAUAACACAAAAUGUAGUUUUCCAUGUUCAGUGUUAUAGUUACUAAAUUAACCGACUGAAGCAUUUCUUAAAGAGGCCGUUCAUACCAGAGUGAUAUACAUAUAUAUAUAUAUUAACGGUCCAUUAAGGGGCAAUUAUUGACCCCUGGAAUUGUUUUUCGGGGGCAUUUUUUACAUUUUAAGAGGGCAGUUGUUCGGCCAUCAUCUGGCACAAUACUUCCAAUUUGUGUUUCACUUUUGUGGUUUUAAUAAACUAUAACUGUCACAUGCAACAAUGCAUCAUGAGUUAUUAGGAUUUAUAAUGAAUAUAUUAAUGACAUUAAUAUACUCAACGGCUAGGGAUGUGUAAAACGGCAUAAUUUCACAAUGAACUAGUCUGUGAAUCAUGUCGAUGAUUAGGUUGGUGUAAUUUCCACAAGACACCAAUCAGACGUGUUCUUUAGACACUAAGCACAGCUCUUCAAUAGGAUAACAGACAUUCAAAAAUAAUACGCUUAAUAACUAUAACCUUUGAAUGCACAAAACUGUCAAAGUCAUCAAAAUCUGUGUGGAAAAGUCAGAUAGUAAAAUAUUGUAGUGGUGCUUUUCACCCUUAGAUGCAUGUUUUAUCAAUACCUCUUUGGUUUGUGUCUUCAUCAGUAAAUGAAUACAUUUGAAUAUAUGGUUUUUAUGCCAUAAAAUUAGACUUUAUUAUUAGAAAUAACAAGCCGAGUCAGUCUGCAGAGCAACUCCCGUGUCUUGAGUUUUCAGUGCUUAUAUAGGUCUUCCAAGGCAUGACUAAAACAAUUCAUAUCCUGUUUCUAUCGUGUUUUGAGCAGAAAAACAUCUUUAGGGCCCCCAACCGAUUUCUGUUAUCUUCAAACCAGAAGGGUUCAGUUACAUCCUGUGAGUCCUUUAUGUGUGAGUGUCCAUGUUUUCUUUUUCCCUUCUUCAUUAUUAUUAAAAUGUACAUGAUAUCAAUAAAAGCAUGAGUAAAAAUCAUUUUUCAGUCUUAAUUCUUCAUUAUACAAACAUUCUCAGGUUUGCUUAAUACCUCUUUAAUAAUUUAGGCACUUCUUUGUCUGCAACGGUUCUCAAAGGUUUACCCCCAAAUGCAAUCUUUAAAUAAUGUUCUACACAGGGUGUGAUCCCCUGAUGUACAGAAUGCUUAGUAUUUAUCACUGUGAUUUAAUGUUUUAAUAAAGCUGUUAUUAAGACACAGUCGGGUUGAGUGGAACUCACUUUUCGGGCAGGUUUCUUCUAGACCUCCUUUUUGAUGCUUCUAAACUAAAAGCAUCCAUCCUCUUCCUUAAACCCAUAUUACCCUCCCAUCUUGGGCAGGUGUGCCUGUCUUAGGUCGCCCGCCUCUUUGCCAUUGGAGAGUCUUACCCAUCAUUGGGUCACCACCUCUUGCCACUGGCCUGGUACCGCCCAGUCCUAUCAGCCGAUUCUUAAUAAUUUGGUAUCCGUAAACAGACAUUUCUUUUGUUUCAGGAAGUAUCACCUGAGAACCGUCACAGUCAAUGGAAACAUCUACAACUGCUUAAAUAUAGAGACAGUUCAAAACAUGGAUAAUUUCACAAAGCAUUAUUCAAAAUUAAACAGUCUAUUAAAACUGAACUGAAACUGAAGUCAUUGUGUUUGGAAACAAAGAUGACGUUCUCAAGGUGAAUGCAUACCUUGACGCUAGGGGUCAAACAACUAAAAAUCAAGUCAGGAAUCUUGGUGUGUCUCUAGAGUCAGACCUUAGUUUCAGUAGUCAUGUCAAAGCAAUAACUAAAUCAGCAUACUAUCAUCUGAAAAAUAUUGCAAGAAUUAGAUGCUUUGUUUCCAGUCAAGACCUGGAGAAACUUGUGCAUGCUUUCAUCACCAGCAGGGUGGAUUAUUGUAAUGGACUCC